UUCUCUGCCCUGUGUAGGCUCGUGGAAUACCGAGGUUUCCAAAAUGAAUAAAGAUGCCCAGAUGAGAGCUACCAUCAACCAAAAGCUAAUAGAAACAGGAGAGCGGGAACGCCUUAAAGAGUUGCUGAGAGCCAAGUUAAUUGAAUGUGGCUGGAAGGAUCAGUUGAAGGCACACUGCAAAGAUGUCAUUAAAGAAAAAGGAUUAGAGCAUGUUACUGUUGAUGAUUUGGUGGCAGAAAUCACUCCCAAAGGCAGAGCCUUGGUACCAGACAGUGUAAAGAAAGAACUCUUGCAAAGAAUAAGAACCUUCCUUGCCCAGCAUGCUAGUCUUUAACUUUGAUGUUCAUCUGGGAUACAGUAUUUCUGUUUCUGUAUUAUAUCAAUCAUGUCAGGAUUGGAAUGCAGUUUCCAUACUCAUGCAUGGAAAAUCAUUAUCGGUUUUUUUUGUAUGAUGAGUUGACGUUUCUUUGCACUGCAUCAAUUUCUUAAAUUUGGUGUUAUUUUAAUAAAAAAUUUUGUGGACUCGUG